AUGUCCUCUCAGUAUAGCAAUCGCGCUGUCGUCACUUCCUCGCCUGAUUUUGCAGGUGAUGGGACAGUGAAUGAGAUUGAGGAGGAGAAUCCUCAGGAGGAAGGUCCAGAGCGAGUGGAACCACAGGGGAUGGUAUUGGAAAGAGGUGAAGGAGAUGUUUCCCAGAGUCCUGAGGAGGGAGAGGCCUGUGAGAGUCAGAGCAGCACAGAGAAGCAUCAGGGAAACUAUUCAGAAAGGAGAUGGAGUAAAUCCACUCACAGGAACAGAGGAGUCCAGAAAGUGAAAGAAACUAUUCAACAGAGAAUCUCCAUUACAGAGAGACCCUACAAGUGCAGUUAUUGUGGGAAAAGCUUCCAGUACAGAUCAGAACUUCUAGCACAUCAGAUAUUCCACACAGGAGAGAAACCCUAUGAAUGUCCUCACUGUGGAAAAAGUUUCAGUCAGAGCUCAGCCCUUAUUCAACAUCAGAGAAUCCACACAGGAGAGAAACCCUACAAAUGUAAUGAGUGCAGGAAAAGCUUCCGUUUGGGCUCAGACCUUCUGGCACAUCAGAGAAUCCAUACAGGAGAAAAACCCUAUGAAUGCCCUGAUUCACAUCAGAGAAUCCAUACAGGAGAGAAACCUUAUGAAUGCCCUGAUUGUAGAAAAAGCUUUCGACGGCGCUCAACUCUUGUUUCCCAUAAGAGAAUCCACACAGGAGAGAAACCCUACAAAUGUAAAGAGUGCGGGAAAAGUUUCCGUUUGGGCCCAGACCUUUUAGCACAUCAGAGAAUCCAUACAGGAGAGAAACCCUAUGAAUGCCCUGACUGUGAAAAAAGCUAUCGACAGCACUCAGCCCUUGUUUGCCAUCAGAGAACCCACACAGGAGAGAAACCCUUUAAAUGCCCCCAAUGUGAGAAAAGAUUCACUAGGAAGUCACACCUUAAUCAACAUCAGAGAACCCACACGGGAGAGAAGCCCUACGAAUGCCCUGACUGCCGGAAAAGCUUCAGUCAGAGCUCAAGUCUUAUUCAACAUCAGAGAAUCCACACAGGAGAGAAACCCUAUAAGUGUCAUGACUGUGAGAAAAGGUUCAGUCGGAACUCAAGGCUUAUUGGACAUCAGAGAACUCACACAGAAAACAAACCAAAUAAGUGCCAUGAGAGUGGGAAAGGCUAUUAUGAUAGCUCAAGCCUCAGCAGACACCAGAGAAUCCACACACAACACAAACCCUAG